AUGGCCAGCAAUAACAUCACCAAGGCAGAGCUUGAACAGGCGCAAGCUCAACAAAUGGAACAGCCAUGUGAUAAUAUUACAAAGAUCGACAGCGUCCGGUCCGGCCAUGUUGAUAAACCACAUGGGGACGGCAUCUACGCCGAGGCUCUCGCACAAUACCCCACCGACGACUCAAUUGAUCCCAUCUUGGAGAAGAGAGUUAGGAGAAAGCUAGACCGACUUAUAAUUCCUGUCUUGGGGAUUUGUUACUUCUUCUACUACGUUGACAAGACGACGCUCUCGUACGCUGCUAUCUUCGGCCUCAAAGAGGACCUCAGCCUGGUGGGAGAUGAAUACUCCUGGCUAUCGAGUAGCUUCUACUUUGGAUGGCUCGUCUGGGCUAUUCCUUCGAAUCUUCUUAUGCAGCGUAGCCCUCCGGGAUAUUAUCUGGCCUUCAACAUCUUCAUGUGGGGUGCGCUUCUCAUGGCGCAGGCUGCUUCCAAGAACUUUGCGAGUCUUCUUGCUCUUCGCGUUCUCUCUGGUGCUUUCGAGGCUAUCGCGGACCCAGCUUUCAUGCUCAUAACUUCCAUGUACUUUACACGCGAGGAGCAGCCCAGUCGUAUCUCAGCUUGGUAUGCAUUUAACGGCGUUGGUGUUGCAGGCGGAGGUUUGAUCGGUUAUGGCAUUGGCAACAUUAAAGGUGCACUCCAAUCCUGGCGCUACGAGUUCCUCGUCGUCGGCGCCUUUUGUGCUGCUUGGGGCAUCGUCCUCGUCCUGUUACUGCCCAACUCCCCUCGAACAAUUUGGGGCUUCUCCCACGAAGAGAAGCUCGUCAUGAUCGCCAGAAUGCGACGCAACCAAACCGGUAUCGAACAGCGUAGGAUCAACUGGGGACAAAUCAAGGAGGCCUACCUCGACUACAAGACGUGGCUGUUCACCCUACUCGGGUUUGUAUCCAAUGUCCCCAAUGGCGGUAUUUCCAACUUCUCGACGCUUGUUAUUCGAGGUCUUGGCUUCGAUACCCUCCACACGGCUCUGUUGGGUAUUCCACAGGGCGCUCUUGUUGUAAUCUGGAUCGGCCUUGGUGCUCUAGCAAACAAGUAUAUGCCAGCAAACAGCCGAACUCUUGUCAGCGCCAUCUUUAUGAUUCCAACCAUUGCCGGAGCCCUCGGCUUUCUUCUCGCACCCAAGGAUGCAUACAUCGGGCGUUUAAUCUGUUUCUAUCUCACCGGCUCCUACCAAGCGUCCUUCGUCAUCUGCCUCUCCCUAAUCACCUCCAACACCGGCGGCCAGUCCAAGAAGAUGAUCGUCUCCGGUAUGAUUUGGUUCGGCGCCUGCAUCGGCAACAUUGCUAGCCCCUUUUUCUACCGCCCCGAGCAAGCGCCCUCAUACCAUCUCGGCAUUGGCUCGCUUCUCGUCGCAAACUGCAUGGAGUUCGCUCUCUUCUUCGUCUUUAGAUAUGCGUUCAAGUGGGAGAACAAACGCAAGGAGCAGCAACGUGAAGCGUUGCGCGCGGCGGGUCACGAUUUUACUGCGAAUAGUACCGCGUUUACGGAUAUGACUGACAAGGAGAACCCCAACUUUGAGUAUGUUUACUAG